CGAACAAAACGAUCCCAGUAUCUAUCAGUGCAACUAGGAGGCUGGAAAAACUAUUUUUCCAUUUUCUCCCAACACUCAUUCGCUCCUCUAUCUCCAAUCACUAAUUUUAUCCAAUAUCAAGACUUUUUUCCUCUUCCAUUUCAUUUUUUACUUCUACUUUUCAUACUUUUUUCCCCUUGUUUUUCCCUUCUUGACUUCUCCUCGCUUCCCCUUUAGAAAACGAUUGAGUGUUAAAAGACGAGGGUUGAAUUACCGUGAAAAAGUGACUGUUUUUUUUUUCGUUUUUCUAUUGUUGCCGAGGAGGCCAAGUGUAAUUUUCAGAGAGAGAGAGAUAUAGUGGGGGGAUUAGCUUUUUGUUGUGUUUAACUUCUUGACGAAAAAAAAUAUAUGGCAUUUAAAUAACAACUUCUUUUGAUGAAAUUUAACACAGGAAAAAAUGAUUCAGUGAUAAAAAUUGUCGAGAUUUAAUUAGUGUUCUUAGUGGCAUUACGUACGAUACAAUGGAAUUUCUAGUAAAUCUUUUUUAGAUUCCGGUGAAAAAAAGAAAUUAUGAGAACGCUGAAAUCAGGAGCUUUAGAUUUCGCAUGAAUAAGAAAGUAAGAGUAAUGAUUGUAAGGAUGGAUUGACAGAUGCUGAAGAAUCAGCGGUGUGGUUGAAGGAGGAGGAAUCGGGGGAAGGGCGAGAGAGAGUGUGAGAGAGAGAGAGAGAGAGUGAGAGACGAGACGAACGGCAAAAUCGCAUUUACUAUGAGGCCUGGCAGUUUAAAGGAUCCCGAGAUCGCUGAACUCUUUGAAAAAAAUGAUCCGGAAAAGAUAUUUGAGGACUUGCGCGAAAUCGGGCACGGCAGCUUCGGCGCCGUUUAUUAUGCCCGAUGUCUCCUCACCAAAGAGAUUGUCGCUAUCAAAAAGAUGUCUUAUCUGGGGAAGCAGACGAUGGAAAAGUGGCAGGAUAUCCUCAAGGAAAUUCGCUUUCUCCGGCAACUCAAUCAUCCCAACACAAUCGAAUACAAGGGUUGCUAUCUCAGGGAACACACCGCCUGGUUGGUGAUGGAAUAUUGUCUGGGGUCAGCGUCCGACAUAAUCGAAGUCCAUAAAAGGCCUCUAAAGGAAGACGAAAUCGCGGCAAUAUGCGAAGGAGUGUUGCGAGGCUUGCACUACCUUCAUUCCCUGGGCAGAAUCCAUCGCGACGUGAAAGCGGGAAACAUUCUCCUCACCGAGAAUGGAACCGUCAAAUUGGCAGAUUUCGGCUCUGCCAGUAUUAAAUGUCCAGCCAACAGUUUUGUGGGAACUCCGUAUUGGAUGGCGCCCGAAGUUAUUCUAGCGAUGGACGAGGGCCAGUACGACGGGAAGGUCGACGUCUGGUCUCUAGGAAUCACCUGCAUUGAAUUAGCCGAAAGGAAGCCUCCCUAUUUUAAUAUGAACGCCAUGAGUGCUUUGUAUCACAUUGCACAGAACGACACACCAACUCUGAAUUCUCCCGAUUGGACAGACGUUUUUCGUCACUUCGUUGAAGUCUGUCUGACAAAAAGUCCCAGUGAAAGGCCAAGUUCCGGCAAAUUAUUAUCGCAUCAAUUCAUAACGAGAACACGCUCACUGCAAGUUCUGAUAGAUCUGAUUCAAAGAACCAAGGCCGCCGUUAGAGAACUGGACAAUUUGAACUAUCGAAAAAUGAAGAAGAUUCUGAUGAUCGACUCAUGUGAGACGGAAAGCACCGUCGGCGAUCCGGAUGACACUCCUGAUGAACAAACAGGUGGCGAUAGUAGUAAGAGCAACUCCAUCACCUCGGAGCAUUCGAUUCACUCGAUGGGCGUAUCGGCGAGUUCACAAAGUUCCUCGACGAAUAGUCUGCCGCUGCCGAAUGCCGACUCCAAUGAUUACUCGACCGGUUCAGUGCGAAAUCGGCACAACAUCUCUGCCGGCGUUACUGCCAAUCUCCUGGAGCAUGGGGCAAAUAAUUUCGCCACCAUAAGAACCACGUCGAUUGUCACCAAGCAGCAAAAGGAGCACAUGCAGGAGGAGAUGCACGAGCAGAUGAGCGGCUACAAGAGAAUGAGACGAGAGCACCAGGGAGCUUUGGUGAAACUCGAGGAGCGUUGCAAAUUGGAAAUGGAGUCUCAUAAACAAUUGCUCGACAAUGAGUACGAUACAUUGUUGCAGCAAUUUAGCAAAGAGUUGGAGAAAUUACAACUUAGGCAUUUGAAGGAGUUGGAGCGGAAAUUCAAACACAAUCAAAAUGCAGAGAAGAAGCUUCAUAAAGAAAUAUCAAGUAGACAGGAGGCCGAUCGUAAGGCACUCGAAGCUCAACAAAAGCGAGAAUAUAAAGCGUACAAAGAGAGGUGGAAGAAGGAACUUUCGCAAGACGAGAUGACGCCAAAGCGUCAACGGGACGCGACUCUCCAGAGUCAGAAAGAGAACUUGAAGCAAAUGGAGGCGCAGGAGGAGCAACGACUCGCAAGAGGACAACGGGAAUACCUCGACCUCGAAAUCAGGAAAUUCCGCAGAAAAAAAUUACUCAACUUCCAUACACUCGAGCAAGAGCUUCUUCGUGAAGAACUGAACAAAAGACAGCAGCAACUGGAGCAAGCGCACGCGAUGUUGCUGCGACAUCACGAGAAGACCCAGGAAUUAGAGUAUAGACAGCAGAGAGCGGUUCACGCUCUCCGAGAGGAACAAGUUCAACGUCAGCACAGCACUGAGUUGUGUAAUCAGCAGGAUUACAUGAAUCGAGCUGAGCGAGACUUACGCAAGAAGCAUGCUCUCGAAUUAAAGCAGCAGCCUAAGAGUCUCAAGCAAAAGGAAAUGCAGAUUCGUAAGCAGUUUAGGGAGACGUGUAAAAUACAGACGCGUCAAUAUAAGGCGUUGAAAGCUCAAAUUUUACAAGCAACUGCAAAGGACGAACAAAAAACCGUGAUAAAGAAGUUGAAGGAGGAACAGAGGCGGAAACUCGCACUUUUGGGCGAGCAAUACGAUCAGAGUAUUGCUGAAAUGCUUCAGAAGCAAAGUAUCCGUUUGGAUGAAUCGCAGGAGGUUGAAUGUCAUCAUCUCAAGGAGAGACUGAAUUACGAGCUGGAGAUUCUGAUGGCGUAUCAAUCGAAGAACAAAAUGCAAGCGGAGGCGCAACGAAAUCGCGAACGACGCGAAUUAGAGGAACGUGUUUCAGUGAGACGUGCUUUACUCGAGCAAAAAAUGGAAGCUGAAACACAGGAAUUCCUCCAGGAGCGAAGCGAACGAAUAAGACUCCUGCACGAGAGACAGGAACGUGAAUUACAACAAUUCGAUGAGGAAAGCGCAAGAAUUGGUUUCAGUGCAUUGGCAAUUGCCGAGGCAUCAAAAGAGUCUUAUCCAGACGACGACAGUCUCCGGGGCUCAAUGUUAAGUCUCGCUCACAGUAAUAGCUCGACAUCUUUCCCCCCUAAUAGUCUAUAAUCUUAAAACAAAAAACAAAAAAUAUAUCAUUCAUCAUUCGUGUUAUAAAACUCUAUGUCUGCCUGUAAACUGUGCAUAACAAUUUAAUCCGACUCAUUGUCAUUUUUGCUAUCAAUCAUGAAAAAUGAAAAAAAUAACAAAAAAAAGUAAAUAAAUAAAUAAUAAAUAAUUAAUAAAGUCCAAGGUCCGUCGAUUCAUCUAGAACUGAAUGAAAUAAUAAUUACUACGCGAUUUUUAAUCUCUAUUUUGUAUAUAAAUAGAUAUACAUAUAGAAGAAAAAAAAAGAAAACAAUGACUGAUGGGUUCGAAAAUAUAUCCUCUGGUAGAUUUGUAAUUUUAUACUUUUGAACCCCCUGUCUAUCGAUUAGACUCGUUUUUUUCCUUUUUUUUUUUUUUUUUUGUCAACGGACUUUGAGGCACAGACUUGGACAGACUUGCGCUUAGGACUCAAAUCAAAGAGACUUUCUUCGGUAAUGCGUAUUGGAUAAGAAUGUAAGAUCUAUUUUUUUAUCAUUUUUUCUAUUACUAUUAUUAUUUUAUCAAAUUGAUGCUCUCUAUUUAAGAUAGUUUUAUAAGCCACUACAUUUCCUGCGAAAAGUUUUAAGAUUGUUAGAAAAAUCUCAAGAUGAAUUUAAUUUUACCAAAUGAAAUUAGAAAUGAUUUUUAAUAUUAUUUUCAUAUAAGUAGUUAAUUGAAAUUAUUUCCAAAUCAUAAAAUUAAAUAACUUAUUUUAGAAAUUUUUAAAUAUGAAUUGAAAAAAAUUCUCUUUUUAAAUUUGAUAUUUAAAAAAAACGUAAAGUCAAAGAAAAAUUAGUUAAAACUUAUUUUCGUGUUUUAAAAAUAGAAAAAUUUCUAGAAUUUUGUGAUUAGAUUGAGAAGGAGGGCUGUUAAUUAUAAUUUUAAACUAUUAUCUUCCCCACGAUAUUUUUUGAGGCAAUCCUUAAAAAAUCGGUUAGGAAAUUUAAUUUAUAAAUUUAGAUUCAUUUUUUUAGAAAAUUUAAAAUAUUCUAGAUAAUUUUCUUAAAUUAUUUUUAAUUGUAAAUAAUUUGUAUUUCGUAUUAUAAUUGUAUGUAAAGAAAAGAAUUGAAAUUAUUGUCUUGAACAUUUUUCAAAAACUAGAAAGAGAAACAUUUCUGCAGGAAUUGUCGAAAAUGAUAAAAAUUUACAUUUUUUUUAAAUCAAAAGUUAUUGAAGAAAGAUGUGUAAUUUCGAUCAAAUGCCCUUGCGAUAUUUUUUUUUUGACUUUACGUCGAGUUCAUUCAUUUUUUUAAUUUUCAGAAAAGUUAAUGGAAAAAUAUUUUCAAAGUAAAGAAAAUGAAUGUCAACUCGAAGUAUUAGAAUAGUUUUUUUUUCCUUUUUUCUAAAUUGUAAGAAAUAUAAAAUAACACCGACGAAAAAUUGUCACCAGUAUUUUUUUUUUGCGGACAAAUUUUUUCAAAUUUAUUUUGAUUAAAUUUUUUAUUAAUUGAUUGCAAUUUUUUUUCCAUCUUUCAGUUGAUUGUUAUUCUAGAUAUUUUUGCAUUGAACCUGUGAUCAAAUUGAAAACCAAGUUUUUUAAUUUUUAUUAUCAAAAAGAAAUGAAUUUGGAUUAGAGAAAAAUAUUUUCAACGAUUGUUGAAUUUUUAGAUUUGAAAAGUGAGUUGUAAAAAGUUACAUAAUCGAUAUUUUUGGGAAAGAAAAUUUCUACGUUCGUAUCCAGUACACAUUUAUUCCGAUGGAAUGACUCUGAAAUGCAAUUUUUUCCCUUUCCUCGAUUUUUUACAAAUUUGUUACGUAAAUUAUAUCUUAUUGAUAGUAAUCAGUGUCACAAAAUGUUUGAAUGUAAGAGAAUCGCAGCGGCUCCUUGAAAGGCUCCUAUAACUAGAGAAAAUAUUUAGAAAAAUAAAAAGAAAAGUCAAAGAAAAAAAAAUGGUCACAAAUAGAAUCGACAUAUUUAGAUAAAUUUAAAAAAAAACAGUCCUUCAAGAAACUGAUGCGAUUUAAUCGAGGCUUUCUAUUUCUCACGAUGAAGCAAUGUAAAUAAAAUGAAAGAAAGAAAGAGAGUGAAAGAGAAAGAAAGAGCGAACGAAAGAGAGAGAAUAGAUUAUGUUAAAAGUGUUUUUCGAAAGUUUGUUAGUGAAAUCUGCUUGUUGAGUAUAUAAGGACGAAUCGAAAUUCUCCUUUGAAUUAUUUUCCUCGGGAUUUAGUGUGAAAUGUAUGAAUUUGUUGAAAAUUCGUAACGGGCUCACUAAACAAAAAAGUUGCAUUUUCAAAAUAUUUAAUUAGAGUAAAUAAAAGAAAAUUGAAUUUAAUUAAAUUUAUGCCAAUAAUCAACAAAAGUGUUUAAUUAAAUUUAUCCAAGAAAAAGAAGUUUAAUUAAAUUCAUUAUAACCAAAUUGAGUUUAAUUAGCUUAAAAAACAAAAAAAAAUUUAACUUAAUUCACAAAAUUAUUAACAUAUCUAAAAUUGCGAAAAAUAAUUUAGUAACAAAAUAAUUUAAUUGCUUUUGAACACAAAUUUUGAUGCAAAAGAUUUUAAUAAUAGUAAAAAAAUACUUUAAAUAAAUAUGCAAAAAAAGUAAAUAAAUAUUUAGAAAAUAUUUAAUGCAAAAUAACUUCUUAAAUAUCGAAACUUUAGUUUGAAGAAAAAAAAUCUAGUUUCAUAAAAAAUUUCAACUAUUUCAUGGAAAAUAGGUUGAUUUAAAAUUUCGGAAAAGAGUUUUUAUAAUAUGAUAAUAUUAUCAUUAUGAUAAUUCAGAAUUUUUGAAAAUUAUAGAAAAAAAUCUAAUUAAACAAAUUUUUUUCUAUUAUAAAAAAUUAAUUUUCUCGAAAUUCUUAGCCCGACGAAUCGAAAUGUUUCUUCCGUUCAUAAAAAAAGUGUGUCUUAUUUCUUUCUGCAGGGUGCGAAUGAAUUGUACCAAAACGCGGAACAUUUAUCUAUUUUUCCCAUCUCAACUAUAAUGACAGUAGGUGAUUAUUUUUUAAUUUUCCUCUCAAAAACAUUUUGUAAAUAUUUGUUCAUUGUGUUCUCAGAUUUUUAAAUUGCGAAACUUAUGAUUAUUAUUAAACGAAUAAGUAAAAAAAAAGAAAGAAAGAAAGAAAAACUGAAAAGUUGGCUAGAGCUUUGUAGACCAAACUCGUCGAUAUUCUCCAAAGUUAGAGCCGAACUCUCCAAUCGAUGGAAUCAGAGGGGAAAAGAAGAAAAGAAAAUUUUUUUUUUUUUUUGAAAUCCCACAAUUCUCUUCCCUCUUGUGCCAACGACUCGGUGUAAAUGUAACUCGCAAUGUAACGCAAUGCAGGUUUUGGCUUUAAGUAGACGAACUGUAAUUUGUUUUUUAUUUUUAAUUAGCGCUAAUUGUUUUUUCUAGCAGACAAAAUUGUAGAGAAUUUUUUUUUAGAACUCAUGACUCUAGAGAAGUAGGAGAUUUUUUUCCUUUUUUCUCAUCUAUAUUGGAAAAGAAAAAACUUGAAAAGGGAUCACUUUAGCAUUGCGAUUGAAAAAUCGAAGCCAAAGAUAAUAUUGAAGAAAAAUGAAGAAAUAUGGCGAAAAUGGCGAUUUUAGAGAAAACUUUUAGACAAGAAGAAUACAGAAAUAAAAAUUAUAGAAAAUAAAAUUCAAAAAGUGUAGAAAAAAUUAAUAUUUAAGAAAAAAAGGGGAAAUUUUUAUUACUUUUCGUUUUUCUUUGAGAACUACAACGAAAGAAAAUUUACCGUUUCUUUUAUUUUCUUCCAAGGCGUUACAAUAAUUGCAAUGCUAAAGUGUUACCAAAAUUUUUACCCCAGAGUCACGAGUAAUUUUUUUUCUUAAAAUAUUAUACAAAUGUCUACGAAUUAGUGAGCAAAGAUCUGUGGUCAAUAAUAAUUGUGCUGCUCACUCGGUAGAAAAAAAAACUGGAAAAAAUACAACCAACUCAAUUAUUAAAAAAAAGUAAAUAGGAAUAUACGACUAUAGAUAAAUAUUCUCUAUUAUGAUAAAGAUAUAUAUAAAAGUAUAUAUAUUAUACAUCAAAUUAAACUAAAGAAAAACAAAAGCAAAAAAAAAAAAAAAACUGCGAUACAUUUGUAGCAAAAAAAAGUAACAAAGCGCAACACACGUAUCGAAAUAAAAACCAGACUCCUAAUCGGUCUUAAUAAUUACGAUGAUAAUUAAUGGUAAUUAAUUAUUUUUACCUUUUAAGUUUAGGUAGAGCAUAAAUACAUUUUUUAACUAAAAAAAAGUGAAACAAAACUGAUGGCUGGGGAUGAGCAAAUUUUGCUCUCGUUUGCAUCUCGAAACGAGCAGAACUGUUCAAAAAAAUAAAAAAUAAACAAACAAACAAGAAAAAAACCUCUAUGCUAAUUAGAUAAUAAAAAUUGAAAUUAUAAAAA